UUCCAUGUUUCCUCCAUUUUCCGGGAAAGAGCUGUAAUUCCUGUUAUUCAGUGGGUGUCUCUCCAGAGAGUGGAUUCAUUUGCUUACCCUACCCCCACCCAAGAUGACUGUCUCAUUAACUCUCCUGGCUUCUGUUUCUGCAGGCUGGACUCACACCUUGCUAAAUUCUGGCACCAGCCACAAGCCUUGGGUGAGCUGAAGGGAAUGAAACGGCUGGCUGCCUGCUUCACGUACCUGCUGCUCAUCUGUCUGGCCCUGCCCAAGGCUGAAUGCCAACUCCACGAGAGAUCCAUGGAAAUCAGGGACCCUGAUAUCGACCCUUCCUGGUACAUGGGGCAUUGGAUGAGACCCGUUGGACGGUUUGGCCGGAGGAGAGCUGUCAUGGAGAGCUCCCGGAAGUCGGCCUAUGGACACAGGCAAGCUUGCUUCCCUCUAGAAGAAAGCAGUGAAUCCAUUCAAGAUGAAUGA